UUGAGCUGCUUUUAGUUCAAAUCCUCUCUAUAAUGACGACAACGAAGUCAGAAUGCAGUGUUUGCUGUGAAGACUACACAACAGUUCAAGUAAUUUCGUCCGUCUGCGGUCAUAAUGACCUUUGCUCCACUUGCAUAAAGCGACACAUUGAAGCAGAAUUGAAUACUAAAGGAAGUGAAAUUCAAGUGCGUUGUCCAAAAUCUCGCUGUACGAUAGAAUUGACUUAUGAUGAUGUAAAAAGAUUGGCUCCAAAAGAGUUAUUCGACAGGUACGAUACUCUUCUUUUGCGAGCUGCAAUUCGUAAGCUUCAAGAUUUUCGCUGGUGCAAGGCUCCAAAGUGCGGUUCCGGUCAAGAGCAUACAACCGGAGAUAAUUUACCAAUAAUCACUUGCGAAGCUUGUAGUGCAAAAUCCUGUUUCACUCAUGAUGUUCCUUGGCACAUAGGAUUGACCUGUGAUGAAUUCUCUGAGCAAUUGCAGACCAAAGAUUAUGCUGCCAAUCGUGCCUAUUAUGAACGUCAUACUAAACCAUGUCCAAAGUGUAAAAUGUCUAUUGAGAAAAAUAGUGGAUGCGACCAUAUGAGUUGCCGUUGUGGUUAUGAAUUUUGUUGGCUAUGCCUUGGUGAUUACGAAACUAUUCGUAAAAAAGUCAAAUCAUCAGAUUUGUGCAACGUUGUUUUGCCGAUCGAUUUAAAUUCUAUGCUCGGUCUGAGAAAUCAUAUGUACAGUACGCUCGAAAAUUCUAAAAUGUCGAAAAACAAUGCGUUAGAUCGUCUUAACUUAAUACAAGACCAUCUCUCUCAACCAACAGGCUCAAUAGACUUAGCAAACGAAAGGUCAAAUGCGAGUUUCAACGUUGAGCAUAUGAAUUGGCUAUUUUGUGGUUCAAAAGACUUCGCGAAAGCUUUAUCUGAUGCGUACCAAAUGAUACAACGCGACCCAGACCUUUAUAUUCCUGGUGGGCAUAGUUUUGAUAUGACUCAACCUCAGCAACGUGAACUCGUCCAACGGCAAGCCUUGAGAUACCAAAGAGUUCACGAAACGUUAAAAGAUCCAUUAUUACGUAGAGCCUUAGAAAUCGCGAUGUGCCUUUAUUCUGAAGCGUUUUCGAUGAAAAUAUAUGUUCACAAUACUUUAUUUCGCCAAUCUAUUGAAUUUUUUGGAACAAAAGAACAACAAGACGAAUGGAUGGAUGAUGUUUUAAAUUGGAGAAUUAUUGGAUGUUUUGCUAUGACUGAAUUGGGUCACAGUUCUUUUAUACGUGGUCUAGAAACUACUGCAACUUAUGAUAGAAUUCAUGACGAAUUUAUUAUCAAUUCUCCAACUUUAACGGCUACAAAAUGGUGGAUAGGAAUGGCAGGCCAGACAGCUACGCAUACUGUUGCAAUAUGUCAAACUAUAAUUGAUUCAGAAAAUUACGGCAUUAACUGGUUUGUAGUCCCAAUGCGAGAUCGCAAAACUGGUCAUUUACUUCCUGGAGUUACGGCUGGUGAUCUUGGUGCAAAAUAUGGUCGACAUGGCCUAGAUAGUGGAUGGAUACAAUUUUCUAAUGUUCGUAUUCCACGAAAAAAUAUGUUAAUGAAAUGGUCAAAAGUAACUGAAGAUGGAAAAUAUAUACCACCACAAAAUCCUGCAAUUGCUUAUACGCCUUUAAUUGGCGAACGAUUAACAGUUCUCUCUGGAACACAAAAUGCUUUGGGAAGAGCGUUGGCUAUUGCUUGUAGAUAUGGUUGUGUUAGACGUCAGAGUGCUGAUGAUGGACAAAUUAUGAAUUAUCAAACUCAUUACGUCAGACUUGUUCCUUGUGUUGCUAGCAUUUAUGUUAUUAAUAUCGUGGAUAGAGCUAUUAAAAUUCAAUGGGAAGAGUUAAUAAAACAAAUACAUACGAAUCAAGCUGAGUUUUUAAAAAAUGUUACUGACGUACAUGCAUUAUCUUCAGGCCUAAAAGGAACUAUAACAUGGUGGGGUAGUGAAAUGUUUGAAAGAUGUAGAAGAUCUCUGGGUGGUCACGCUUAUUCAGCUUAUAAUGCUAUCGGACCUGCUAUCGGAGAUUGGGGUGUUACUACUACCGGCGGUGGUGAUAAUUUUGUACUUUUACAACAAACAGCCAGAUACUUGAUAAGUUCAUACGAAAAAAUGGUCCAAGGGAAACAACUUUCUGGUUCUGUUGAAUAUUUUAACAACAUUAAACAAUUUUCGAAAAUUGUUAAGAAAGAUUUGUCUGUAACAUGGAAUAAUAAUCAAAUCUCUUUGAUACGUCUUUCAGAACUUCACUCAUUCAGAUACUGUCUUUCGGAGUAUAUUCAAGGCAUUUCUAAAUACCAAAAUUCAAUUCCAGAGUUUCAAAAUUUAUGUCCAAUUCUUACAAAAUUAGGACAAUUAUGGUCAAUUCAUUUAAUAUACGAAUCAUUAAAAGAAUUUCUAGAAGAAGGUUAUUUUGGAAAAGAACAAGCUAAUAUUGUAAAAAAUGCUUACUUCAGGAUGUGUAAAGAGUUGAGAAAAGAAAUUAUACCUCUCGUCGAUGCGUGGGGAUAUCCAGAUUUUAUCUUACAAGCUCCUUUGGGAAAAUUCGACGGUGAUGUUUAUAAAGAAUAUUUUAAUACCGUUAGAGCUGCACCAAAUUGUGUUGGAGUACCAAGUUAUUGGAAAGAUUACAUUAAGCCAUUUACCGAUCCAUAG